AGGAGAAGACCAUCGACGCCUUUCUGCAGGAUGAGCCCCGUACUUCCAGAGCCAAGCGGCGACGGUGGACAGCACUCCGUUGAUGAUGGUCCACUUGGCCAUUACGAUGCUGGUGCGGGUGCAGGGAGGCGAACUGAAUGCCGGAGAAGCGCCCAAGGGCGCGCUAGAGAGGGACGCAGAAAAGUUUUGCAGAAGUUCGGGACGCUUCCAGAAGUUAUCCCGCAGCAUCUUUAAGAUUGAGCUCUUCCAGACCUCCAGCAGCGUCGACAGCUUGGCGACGCUGCUGGAGGCGCCUUUCACCGCCGCCUACAGCUCCCAGUCUGGCGAGGUGGUCGGGAUCCUCAAGCAGAUGAUCGAGACCUUCCAGGCCAACGUGGACGAGGCCACGCAGGUGGAGCAGGUUGCGGCGACCGCGUAUGAGAAGCUGAAGGAAACCCUGGAGGGGGCGGCGAAGACCAUGGGCGAGGCGCGCGACGAGAAGCAGGGGCUCCUGAGCGCCAACGACGGCGGCCUCGGCACCAUGAAGGAGCAGCUGAGCACCGCCGAGACGGAGCGCACGGACGCGUCGCAGUUCCUGGAACGCCUGGGGGAUAUCUGCACCACCAAGACCAAG